UUUGUCACUAGUUGUCAGUUGUCACUGUCAUAUUAAUGCUUAUUGGAUUUUGAGAUUCAUCGGUUAUUUUGCCGGUAAAUUGAGUAAUAUUUGUUGAUAGAAAGCAUUAAAUAGAAUCUGAAAUUAUGGCGGUAAACAGUGCCACGUCCUUCGUUUUAUCCAGCAUCCUCACAUUGUUAAUAUUUUCUGGGAUGCAAAUGUAUAAACCACUUCUAGUAAGGUCGCCGAUCACAAUAAUAUUUGGAGGUUACCUUGGUUCGCUGAUGUUCUUAUUUUUUGUAACAGCAGUAGGAAACUUGGAAGCUACAUUAUUUGGUAAGAACUUUCAAUUGAAGCUGCCAGAAAUUGUACUAUCUAUGGCAAUAUCACUUAUUGCUGCAGGAAUGGUGCAUCGGAUUUGCUUCACAACAUGUUUGAUAUUUUCACUCAUGACCAUCUACUACAUGAACAAGCUAUCGCAGAAAACAUAUGCAGCAGUAGCCCCAGUUGCUGUCCCAACCAAAUCACGUAGACAUAAAUGAAAUAUUUUACUACUUUUUAUCUUUUAAUUUUUAUACUGAUAGAAUAAAGUCACAAUUCCAG